AUUCGAAGCGGAACGAAGUCACAGGGGCUAAGUAACGUUCACCGCACCGUUCGCACAGCCGAUUCGAGUCGGAGCAGAGUGAAAAGAUGUCAUGGACUCGACUGAUGAUAGUGGCGGUGUGUUGUUCCGCUAUGGUGGUAAAGGGUCGGGAGACCUGGCAGAAACCGGGUUGCCAUAAAGUUGGCCACACGCGAAAGAUAAGCAUACCGGACUGUAUUGAGUUUUCGAUCACCACCAACGCGUGCCGAGGCUUCUGUGAGUCGUUUGCCGUACCCUCGGCUCCGUUCGCGAUCGUUGGACACAAACCGCCGCAGCCGGUCACCAGUGUUGGCCAGUGCUGCAACAUCAUGGAAACGGAGGACGUCCGGGUGACGCUGAGGUGCGUGAACGGGCUUCGAAACCUAACCUUCAAGUCGGCCACGAACUGCUCCUGUUACCACUGUAAAAAGGAUUAGCCGCCGGUGGCCCGUUCCCGAGAGCUGAACGUGCCCGGCAUGUGAACAAACGAACUGUUUAGCUGUGUAUUUACCUCUGAGC